AUGGCCGACACACACCCCACCGUUGACGACGUCGACAUGGCCGAUGACCCGUCCAUCAAGCGCAAGGGGCGAGGCUUCAACCCGAGAGGCGAUGGUCCUGCCGCAGACGGCGUCAAGGCAGGCGGCUUCGAGCUCCUCGACAGCUCAAAGGAUAGCGAGGACAGGGCCGCGCGAUCCGUCGAGGGGUGGAUCGUCCUCGUCACCAACGUCCACGAGGAGGCAUCAGAGGAAGAGGUCCUCGACAAGUUUGCAGACUUUGGCAUGGUGCAGAACUGCCACCUCAAUCUCGACAGGCGCACCGGCUACGUCAAGGGCUACGCGCUGAUCGAGUUUGAGACGCACGAGGAGGCCAAGGCGGCCGUCGAGGCGUGCGCAAACGGCCUCACGCUCCUCGACCAGCCGCUUAAGGCCGACUUUGCUUUCGUCCGCCCACCAGCCGGCGGCGUCGGCAUCCGUGGUUCCGGCAGGAGAGGAGGGCCCGGUGGCAACGCUGCAGCGACGAGGAACAGGAGUCGAAGCCCGGCCAGGCGAUGA